AUGCCUCCGAGAACAGGUCGCAGUAUCCUGCGGGUUCAGAACCCAGAUGUCAAUUCGGACUCGAGCGAUGAGCACAGCGAUGGCCCAACGUCGCACUAUAACAUGCGCGGCACAAAUGGCAUGGGCCUCCACGUCCAUGUACCGCUCACGCCGACGUCGACGGGGAACAGCACGCUCCAAGAUAUGGCUAUCUAUACUCCCGUCACCAACUCGCCAAUGUCGAGCUCGUUACCGAGCCAUAGCUUCAUGCUGGAUAACAGACCCUAUGACUUUGGCAGGCUGCACGAACGUCGUCCUUCAGACUCUCAACGCCCUAUUCCUAGCCCAACGGCCGAUCAUCAGCGUGUAAUCAAAGUUCUUGUCAGCUCAGACGGUGGUGAACGAUGGUCAACGGUUGAUUUGGGUGACGCAAGAUCCGCUCAGAUGGUCAAAGACAGGCUAUUUUCAAAGCUUGACAUUCCACCCGAGCGGCAGCAGUAUCAUACCAUUCAUCUCCUCCAGGGGGAUUCUGUUUCUGGACCUGCGCUCUCAGACGAUGGCAUUCUCGCGAUUUGCCAUACCUAUGGCGAUUCUGCGUCCUCUCUGCGAUUCUCAGUCAGGCCAACACAUGCUCCGCUGUCGACCCAGCCGAGCCGAAUUCUUCCUCCGUCUCGAAUACCAUUGCCAAACGCCCAAAUCCAUCAUAGCCAUCCUGGUACUCCCCAGCUGUCCUUGGAUACACAUAUACUCUCUGUGAACAAUACGAAUGGAGGGAUGGCGGAUCGUCUUCUCCCGCCACUACCAACCACGUCUCCGCCCGUCCCGCCGCUGCACACGAGGCCCAAUCUCUCGUCCAAUCAGUCCAAUUCCAACGGUUAUACAAAUCCUCCUCUUUCUGCACAAGACGAUCGCUCAGAGGUUAGUGGUUACAGUGGUGGGCCGGAAGACACGCCACAACAGCACCUUCCGACGUAUGGCCAAUCCCAAUCCGUCGCAAAGAUCAAGUCACGCGCCCGGGUCAACUUACCUGCACUCCCAAAUCCCCCCAGUGUUCCACCGCCGCCCACUCCGGGCACGCUUGGAUCGCCACCCCUCCCGCCACCAUCGACUGUUGCCACCAUCGGGCCAUCUAUUCCCAAGGAAAAGUUUGAACCGACAAGAGAAAGAGACACAUUACCAUUGUCGCUUCCGACUGGCACCGUCUCGUCAUCGAGGGGCACCAAUAUCCCGCCACCCCAGCCACCACCGAGCCAUUUGCCGCCUCCUCCACCCCAGUUGUUGGCUUCGUCCUCGUCCAGCGCCGAUCAGAAGCGCCCAGCCGAAACGAACAGGGCCACCCGCCCUCAACGGACGGAGACGGAGGAGAAAGAGCCGCCGGAUUGGGUAUGGAUUAAUCGUCCCGGUACCAGCACCGGAUUUUACGACGCACCGUCAUCCGGAGUCUAUGACCGACCGGGUACGAGUACUGGGAUGUACAACGACCAGGUUUCGCGUGAAGCCAAGCCCUCGUUGAGCCCAAUCAUUCGAUCGACGUCGAGUGAUGGGCGACCACGAGAUCCUUGGGGCUCCGCAAAUACCAUGCAGUACAAUGGUACUUUGCCGAGACAGAAUGGGACUCAUAUGAAUGUGAAUAUCCGACAACAUGCGUUCAGCCCCAAAUCCUCGACUAUACAACCAAUCUCUAUGAAUAUGGCUCCGAGUACGACCAGUCAGCGGAGCCCACAAGCUGGCAAUCUCAACCUCGGAUCAUCAAAGUCGAAUCAACACAUCUACGGUCCGCGGGCGAACACGAAUGAGAACAAUGGAUACAGCUCGACAGGCAGCCAAAGUACCGUCAUUUAUCCACAGGGGAUGUAUGGCAGCGCUGGGCUCAAGCAAAAGCGGGCAGGGUUUGCUGAUGGACCUCCAAUACUACGGCAACCCCCUAAUCCCAAAUCACAACGCGCUCCACCUAACACUGUCAUCAACACGUCUACGUUCUAUCAGCCAUCUUCCAAUCAGGGUCAAGCCCCAUCGCCCCAGGAUUCUGUGCUCGGGGAGGUUGGUAUAGGGCCGAAAGUCGGGCGAAUUGCCGCGUAUGGAGAGCCAAAAGGUUUGACUUCUUCUCGAAGCCAAGAGAGUCUGCGGCAGGACUAUCUAUACGGGGGAAGUGGUGUCAUAACGUCGACAGCCAGCACUCCUGGCAUUGGUGCAGGUCCCGGAACUGCUGCCAACGGUGAAAAUGGGAGCGGCUCGCGUCUGUCUCCCAUCGGACGACCAGGUCCCGCUUCACGGUUGCCACCCCCGCCAAAUGCACAGAAGUGGGCCAAGGAAGAGUUGCCACCGACUCCUUCCUCUUUCCCGAAUCAUCCAUAUGCUCCUCGUUCUCCGACAAAUACUCGACAUAUACAGCAAGUUUCCUCUGGGUCCAACAGCAGUCGACGAUCGCCUGUGACCCAGCAAGCAAGACAGGUGAAUGCUAGGGAUCUCUAUUCUGGCGGUGUGAGCGAAAAAGUUGGCCAUCCAUACGCCGCAGUCGGUGCCACCGUCAAUCGGACGAACCCACCACCCCUCAAUGCGAACCUCAUGUCCCCUCGUCAAAAACAUUCAGGGGGGAAUCGGGCCCAUGCAUCUUCAGAUGCAUAUGGUGCUCCUCCUUCUCCACCAUUUCCUCCUGGAUCCCAAUCGUCGACUCUGAUCGGUGGACUCAGACUGCUCCCUACGCCUGGCUCUAAUCAAGCCGUAUCUACGCCUUCCUCGCUCAACCACUCUACACUUCCUCCUGCCCCGCCCCCUCAGGGACCACCACCCCCUGUUCCCAAUCAUCGACCUUCCUUUUCUGAUCCAAAAUAUCCAGCCGACGAACUACCUCCUGGUGCGAGAGACCCACGCAGGAAACCACCCCAACAGAUUCAGUCCACUUUCGACCCUUCAGUCGUAAACGGGUUGAUAACGCCACCAAGUACGGUGUCGCCCACCCCACCCACUCGCAUGGAUUCAAUCGCCAAGUCACAGGCAAAGCUCCUGAGUCAGAGCACCGGUGGACAUACGUCUUCGCCUGCCGCUUCACCCGCUUCGCCUCGCACUCCGCUUCAAGGUGACAGCGAUGCUGGUCAGACGUCUCCAAGGAGGCGGAGAUAUGGCGAGCUGCUCAAGGGAGAUGAUAAUGAUUUGGGAGAAGGCACGCUCAAGGUGCAAGACUUUGUCAACAGUCGGCAGUGGAGAGAGGGGAUGCUUGGCACUUCAGAGAGUGGGACGUUGAUGCAACAUCAUUUCCAAUCUGGAUCGAAACCGGUACGGACGAAUACAGUUUCGUCACGAAGUAGCCGAAGGACGGGCAGCCAGUCCCCGCAGACGCCAGUCGCCCGGUCACCGCUUCAUCCACAAAACAAUGCGCCAUGGAAUACGCAUAGUGAUGAAGAGGAAGAGUCGGACGAAUACGACGAUCCCUCGACUUCUGAUGGUGCCAACAAUUUGUGGCAGACUCCGUUGGUUAAGCGCAUCUCUCGAAUCUACCGGAUGAGCAAUCGUGAUCAUCGAAUGGGUUUCGAGUCGGAUAUGCCUCCGGCUCUCCCAACUCAACGAGAGCAUCCAAACGAAAACUCGACGUCGACGAUCCCUUCCAAAGGUGCGGCGCCAAUGGAGACAAUCAAUCUUGGAGGUGCCGUCUUCGAGUUUCGACCUGCUCCGGAACAAGUGUUGGAUAGAAUGGAGUCGUUCUUCCCAGAUCACGAUCCCGAUAGAGUGAUUGGGGACUCCAAUCUUGGUGCAAUGAGCCCUGGAGCCAACUCUGGCAACAGUUCUCCCACUCUGAUAGAUGCCCCUUACAACACGCAUCUCGGAACGAGCAGUGCUGGUGGAAGCAAUACCCUAGUGCCGUCCUCCACCAUGAUGACCAGUGCAGGUCAAGGAGGUCUAUCAAGAUCGAAGCCGGGAGGCAAGACCAUGCGCAUGCUCGCGGGUCAAGGCAAACGGAAGAUGGAUCGUCAGUCCAAGGACGGUGCGGCCUCUGACACAAUGCUCAGAAGGCGCAGCACCAAGUUCUGGGGAAGCUCGGUCAAGGAACUACAGCCCGCUGAGUUUGAAAAGCUUGCACUCACAUCCAGGGUUACUACAGAGUCGACGGCCGCUCCCGAGUCGCCUGGUGGUAGCAACAAGCCAGCAGUCACCCAAUGGUUCAAGGGCAAACUACUUGGCAAGGGAACGUACGGGAAAGUCUACCUUGGCUUCAAUAUGACGACUGCCGAGGUGUUUGCUGUCAAACGGGUAGAGAUGCCAGAGUCCAAAAGCGACUUGCAGGAUCCGAGACAAAAGACGGUCCUUGCUGCGAUCAAGUCGGAGAGUGAUACAUUGCGCGAUUUGGACCAUCCAAACAUUGUGGCAUAUCUCGGCUACGAACAGACUGACAAGUACUUCAGCAUUUUCCUUGAAUACGUACCCGGUGGCUCCAUUGGCGAAUGCUACAGAAAACUUGGGCGGGGAUUCGACAAGGAUCUCACCAGGCACUGUACACGGCAGAUUGUGGACGGUCUCGCAUAUCUCCAUUCCAAGGGAAUUCUGCAUCGAGACCUUAAAGCAGACAAUAUUCUUGUUGAUCUAGAAGGCGUGUGCAAAAUUUCCGACUUUGGUAUUUCGAAGCACGAGCAGGAGAACAUUUAUGGCGCCAACGAGGCUGCCACAACCAUGCAAGGAUCAGUCUUUUGGAUGGCACCAGAAGUUCUCGACAAUCUUGAAGGCUAUGGAGCCAAGGUCGACAUUUGGAGUUUGGGGUGUGUCGUGCUCGAAAUGUGUACAGGAGAGCGACCAUGGGCACCAAAGCAUCAACUUGCAGUUCUGCUUUUGCUUGGAAACAAGGAGACCCGUAGCGCCCCUCCGAUCCCUGAAGAUCUCAACAUUUCUGCCGAAGGUCAUGAUAUGUUGGACAGAUGCUUCCAACUGGAGCCUAACGACAGACCGACAGCCGAAGAACUCAAGUCACACCCUUACGUACAAAAGACUGACUGGCAGUUUGAAAAGGGUGCCAUUCCGGCUCAUGGAACGUGA